AACCAGCUUAGUUUUACACUAAAUUGGUGCUGUUAAUAUUAAAAAUGUGGUUGCUUAAAAUAGCAGCGUUAUCAGCUUAUCUGUCAAUUCUAUUAGCUAGUCCACUUGAUGUUUUGAAACAAAAUGAGGAAAACAAUUUAAUUAAUCAGGCAGAUGAGACAACAAGCUAUAGACUUCCAAAUAAUACAAUUCCAAUUGACUAUGAAAUAACUUUAACUACAAAUAUUCAUAGGAACUUAUCUGAGUUUUCUGGAACUGUCAAAAUUCAUGUCAAACUAAUGGAAAACUCUUCAUCCAUAACUUUACAUUCUCGACAGCUUGAAAUCGAAAGAAUUGACAUUUAUCAGCCAGGUAUGCCAUUUCCAACAAUCACUGAUGCUAUUUUUGAAGAAAUAAAAUCAAAUGAAUUUCUGGUCGUGAAGCUACCAAAAAUCUACGAAACUGGCACUGAAUUUGUGCUUGCCAUUUCCUAUCUUGGUAAACUUCGAGAAGAUUCAACUGGAUUUUAUCGUGGUGAUUACAUUAAUAGUGCUGGAAAUUCAAGUUCAUAUGCAGCAACUUAUUUUAAAUUAAAUAAUUCAAGAAGUGCAUUUCCAUGCUAUGAUGAGCCAGGCAUGAGAGCAACUAUGCAAUUAACAUUGAUCCAUGGAAGGAAUUUCUCAGCUUUGUCAAAUACAGAAGUGAUUUUGCAGUUAGAAGAUGGAGAUCAUUACUCGACUUUAUUCGCAAAGACACCAGCUAUGCCAACGUACUUACUGGCCUUUUUUGUCUCAGAAUAUGCCAAUAUUAAUUCAACAGAAAGUUCUAGAAUCCCUAAUAAAAUCCAUGCAACUCCAACUGCCAUUGAAGCUGGUUUUGGGAACUUUGCAGCUAGUGUUGUUGUUGACAUCUUUGAAGAAUGCGAAAAACUCUUUAAAGUUCCAUAUCCACUUAAUAAAAUUGAUAAUGUAGCAUUGUCAGUGACUUUAUACAAGCGUCCAUAUCUUUUUGGAGCACAUGGAAUGGAAAACUUUGGAUUAAUUAUGUAUUCAUCCUUUGGCUUCUUGCUAGAUCCAACAUUUACUGGACAUUAUAAGAAGAAUAAAGAAAAUUCAAUUACAUCACUUAUCUCACAUGUCUACGCUAAUCAGUGGUUCGGCAACAUCGUAACACCAUCUUGGUGGCAAUAUUCAUGGCUUAGUGCUGGAAUUGCUAAGUUCUUUGAAAUCUAUAUUCCACAUUCGUUAUAUCCUAAUGAAAAUUAUAUGGACAAGUUCUUCAUUUCGACAAUGCCAAUUGCUUUUAUUCAUGAUAAGUUGGACGCUUGGUCCAUGAAUCAUUAUGUUGAUAAUCCAGAUGACUUGAAGUAUAAGUUUAGUGGAAUAAGUUAUAAUAAAGCUGCAUGCGUGCUAAGAAUGUUUAUGGAAUAUGUUGGCGAGGAAGUCUUCCUUGAUGGAUUGAACAAUUACUUGAAUGAUAAUUACAUGCAGUCAGCUACACCUGAUGAUCUUCAUGCAGCUAUUGAUAAAGCAUUUAAAACGAAAAAUCCAGCAGUUUCGCUAAAUAUUGGUCAACUUAUGUCUACUUGGGAAAAUAAGCCUGGAUAUCCAUUGGUGUCAAUAAGCAUUUCUGGAAACAGUUUAUUAUUUUCACAACGUCGAUAUCCAGAAGGUAAUGGGGAGCUGUACAUGAUUCCAAUUACAUUUGCUACAAAAUCAAAUCCAGACUUUAUAACCCGAAAACCUAGAGUAUGGAUGGAUCAACAAUCAAUGUCAUUAUCACAAGCAUCACUUAACUUCACAGCUAAUGACUGGAUAGUCUUAAAUAUUGAUCAAGUGGGUUACUAUCGUGUUGACUAUGAUUUAACUUUAUGGCAAGCGAUAAUCAAGCAACUAAAAACUGACCAUGAAGUUAUAAAUCGAAUUAAUCGAGCAGUUCUUAUGGAUGAGAUUUAUAUAGCAUGGACACAGCUUGGUCGUGUAACAGCAUUUGAAGUCUUGGACAUUUUAAGCUAUUUGGAUAAAGAAAAGGACACAAAUGUAUGGAGAAAUGCACAAAAUCUCAUUCGAGGAUUGGAUCAUAAACUUUUUGGAACUGAUGCCUAUGAAAAAUUCUUAGAGUUCCUUAAGACACUUACAAGUCCACAUCUAGUUGAAUUAGGCUAUUUUGGAAUUGCUGGUGAGGAUUAUGAAACAACAAGACUCAGAGGAUACACAAAGAUAUGGAAUUGUCAAGCACUUGAUGAUAAUUGCUUAUCAAAAGACCUUGAAGUGUUUACAUCAUAUCGAGGAGGUUCAGGCGAAGGUGACUUUAAUUUCUGUAAUGCCUUAAAAGUUGUUGAUGGAGCGGAAUUCACAAAAUUACUUCAAGAUGUUAUUUCCGAUGUUAAUAUGGAUUAUCGUGAUGAUUUCGUAAAUUAUUUAGGAUGUUCAAGAUCAAGUGAUAACUUGAUGCAAUUAUUGAAUGCAGCACUUGAUCCAACUAACGGGCUAGAAAGCUACGAUCGAGAAAUGUUCCUAUACAAUAUGGCUCGAUACAGCAACUUAGGUUUAGAAGAAAGUUUGAAUUUUAUGGAUGCAAAUCACAAGGAACUAGCUAAUGUCAUUGAAAAGUUCCACGACCCACUGUAUUACAUAGCAGCUAAUGUUAAGGAUGAGAUGAUGGUAUCAAAAUUCGAAAACACACUAAAUGCCAUGGUUCAAGAAAGUAUAAUUCUUGCUAAUGACACCGCAUUCUUUAUUGAUGUAAUGAAAUCUAAUCAAGACUGGAUGGAUGAUAAUUAUUAUCAUGUUGCUGUUUAUUUUGGUUUACAGGAGGCAACAACUUUAGCGCCUACAACUUCUGUUUCCACAACUCCUGUUUCUAUUUCCACAUUACCUGACAGUGGAAUGACUAUUUUUAUAUCUUUGAGUUUAAUGUGCUUUUGCUUAAUCAUUCACUUGAUUUAAUAAAUCAGAAGUAAAUCAGA